AUGGCAUCUUCAUCAAAUCUUGUUCCAAUGGUGCUAAACUCUAGUAAAUCUCCCGUAACCAAGACCAUAACCUUGAUGCUUAUAGAAGAAGAUCUAAAGUUGAUUGUUAAGCAGAUUGUCGACUUUGAAUCCUUUAGGGUUAAUGAGCUUCCAUUAAAAUCCUAUUUUGAGGCUCAAGGGUGGAAGGACUAUUUUGAGAUGCUAAAUGGUCCUACUUUUCCUUACUUGGUUAAGAAAAUAUGGGUUAGGGCUGAAGUGUAUGAUGAAAGUGAUGUUGCUCUUGAAGAGACUCAGAAGAUUGUUGAGAAUGAAGAACUCAAAGGGAAGUCAAGGGUUGAAAUAGGUUUAGAGGAAUUCAAGGAGGUGGAGAUAAGAUCAACUGUUAUGGGGGUUAAUAUGACUAUCACUCAAAGUCACAUUUCAAAACUAUUGGAUACGGAUAACGUUGGAAUAUCUUCUUUGAACACCAAAGGCAAUAGUCUUGAAUCUGGUGUGAUCAAGCAAUAA